AUGCCGCCGAAUCACACAGUUCCCAGCCAGUUUCUAGCACGAUUUGAGUACAUUUGUCGGUUGACAACGCGAACUCGCCCUACACGAUGCUUUUAUCAGCGGACAGCGCAACCGAACCUGCUGAGAAGGGGUCUUCAUUCCCAAGCCGGACCGAAACAUAAAUCCAACGUACAUUGGGCGACCCUUGCGAGUAGGAGCGCCGUUCUCGUUGGACUCGCCGCUGGAUCACUCCAACUAUUUCAUGAGACACCGGUCGAUCGCAAUCAACAGAAGACCGUGGACACAAAAGUCAAAACAUUCCGUUUGGCUGAAGUGAGGCAACACGAUGGAUCGUCCCAAAACCCAUGGGUGAUUAGAGGCACAUCUGUCUACGACAUCACCGACUGGGUUGCCGCCCAUCCCGGAGGAGACGUGAUUUUGACAGCUGCCGGAGGAAGUAUCGAGCCUUUCUGGGACAUUUUCACCAUUCACAAACGACCGGAUGUGUAUGAGAUCCUGGAAGAGUAUAAAAUCGGCACGGUGGAUGAAGCUGAUUUAGAGGACGGGCGUGUUCCCCAAGGGGCGAUCGUGGACCCCUUCCAGAACGAUCCCGCACGCGACCCCCAACUGAUCACUCACACUGCAUGUCCACGAAAUGCAGAGACACCACAGUCCGCGCUGAAAGAUUUUAUCACCCCGAAUGAGCUAUUUUAUGUUCGCAAUCACUUCUGGGUCCCCGACGUCAAAGGAGAAGACCACGAGAUCACCAUUGAGAUGGUCGACGGGACGGAGCGAAAGUACACGGUCAAGGAGCUGAAGGAGCGCUUCCCCCAACACAAGAUCACAACGACUCUGCAAUGUGCGGGCAAUCGCCGCAGGUCCAUGACGGAUGCCGCCGGUGCCACGAAGGGUCUGCAGUGGAAAGUGGGUGCCAUUUCAACUGCGGAGUGGGAGGGCGUCAGGUUGGUUGACGUUCUCGCUGACGCAGGGUUGAGUCCCAAAGACUUGCCCGAAGAUGCCCAACAUGUCCAGUUUUCGGCGAUGGAGGCAUACGGAGCGUCCAUCCCUAUACGCAAGGCAAUCGAUCCAUGGGGGGACGUCCUCUUGGCCUUCUCCAUGAAUGGAGCAGAGUUGCCCCGUGACCAUGGCUACCCGGUGCGAGUCGUUGUCCCGGGUACAGUGGCUGCCCGUAGCGUCAAGUGGCUCUCUCAGAUCACCAUCUCUCCCGAUGAAUCGCCCACACAGUGGCAGCAGCGCGACUACAAAAGUUUCUGCCCGAGCGAUGUCAAGAACCCUCCUUGGGAACGGGCUCGGUCCAUCCAGGAGAUGCCAGUGACCUCUGCUAUCACUCACGUGGAGACUCCUCGAGGUCCUGAGGGCGAGAGGCAAACCAUCUCCGCUGAAGGCUAUGCCUAUUCUGGAGGGGGGGCGCGAGAUCAUCCCGUUGACGGUGGUCAGACCUGGCAUGAGGCCGAGUUGCUGGACAAUCAGGCCCAGGCCAAAGGCAGCCGGGCUUGGUGCUGGAAGAGGUGGCGUUAUCAGGGACCGACACCAGCGGAGUGUUCGGGGUCGCCCGAGGGCAAGACGAGGCUGGUGGUGAAGGCGACAGACGAGGCUUAUAACACGCAACCCCAGACACAUGAGAGCAUCUUCAAUGCGAGGGGUAACUUGGCGACGGCCUGGGAUCAGGCGGAGGUUCCUACGUGA